AUGGCACUAAUUGCUAAAGACGACGUAGGUAACGUCCAUUUGUUGAACGAUUCGUGGAAACUAUGGUAUUGGAGAUUCAGCGGAACUGUGGUACCGGACGUCAAUUGGACGGAUAAUUUGCACGGACUGUGCGAGUUUGACAGUGUUGAAAAAUUUUGGAGUAUCUUUAAUCAUAUUAAAAUGCCAAGUAUGUUAACGACUGGCUGUGAUUACUCUGUAUUUAAAUCAGAUAUAAAACCGAUGUGGGAAGACCCAUCAAAUAAGAAUGGUGGACGUUGGUUAAUAAAGGAUAGUGGACUAUUAGAUCAGUACUGGAUGGAUAUUUUGUUGAGUAUGAUUGGUGGAAUGUAUGAUCCUUACAACGAUAAUAUUUGUGGUAUUGUCUAUAAUAGGCGUCAGUACAGUAAAAUAUCUGUUUGGAUUUCUUCAUCUGACACAAAUAUUGUUAACGACAUUGGGUCAAAACUUAAGCAUUUCCUUGAUACAAAAGAAAAAUUGAAAUUUGAAAAACACAGUGAAUUUUUGAAGAAGAAAAUAAACUCGCACAAAAAAAAAAUUUUGGCCAAAUGA